GCAAACACGCACUUUCUUAACUUUACUAUCCUGACUAAAGUUAAGCAUAUGUUUAACUGUUUGCAGGAUCAGGGCUAAAACGGCCCAUUGACGGCUUGUCCCCUUACAUUUUUAAAAAAAGUCUAUACUUGUUAGUAUUUUAGAUGACCGUGUCUCUAGUUCCAUAUCAAUACAAUUUCCUUUGUUUGAAUCUUUAAAUGUUUGUUCUAAACUUAAUAUUUUAACAAUAUCUAAAUGUCAGCAUACAUUAAAACGAUCAACAACAGACAGAAAUGCUCUAGGGUGUAUAAUAAAUACCAAUGCCGAAUGAUGUAUUCAUCUCCUGACUUACGUAACAAAGCCUGUUCUUCAUUAAAAUUAUCCAUUGCACUUCAAGUUUUCCAAACAUAAACUUUAAAAAAGUGUUGACUUGCUACAUUUGCAUGAUCAGGUCUAGCUACAAUACAUCUAUAAAUGUCUAUCUAUAGUGUUUAUAUUCUAGGGAUCUCUAUAUUAUAUACUGUAUCUGUACUCCAUAGACCAACAGGUAUUGAGUGUUCCGAAUAUAAAACAGACUCAUCAAUACAGCAGAUAUUGUAAGUUGUAAUGAACGUUGCAGCAUGCAAUGACUAAGAAACAACACCUAAAAAUUCCUUUGAUAAAUAGCACAACGCCAACAAGCUUGUACGGGAUAGUUUUUGCUGAUCUUACUUUUUGCCCUAGUAUCGGUUGCCCCCAAUCCACGCUUAUCGCAGCACUAUGAUUAAUGCUAGACGUGCCUGAGGCAGGCGGGGGGUCGGGGGCAGAAACUGUCAGACCAGUCAUAGGAAGCUCCUCCCCCUCCCCAGCGGCGCUGCUCUAUAAAAGUGUGAAGCGGAGCGCAGGCUAGCUAGUGGUUACCUAAGUGACAGGGAGAAGGGGUUUUCGUGGCACAGCGACUCCGAGGGAAACUGCUACUUGGGAUCGGUAAUAUACAAAAAAUUUUCUCAGUGGAUUAUCAUCAUUAUCAGGAUUUCAGCCAGAAUGAAACUGGUUCACGUAACCCUCCUCUAUCUCGGGUCCGUGACCUUCCUUGGGGUGCAUGCUGCACGGCUAGACGUCGCUUCAGACUUCAAAAGAAAAUGGACCAAAUGGGCACUGAGCCGGGCCAAGCGCGACGCGAUACCUCCCGGCACGUUCAGCGGGCAAGUGGCAGCUGCGGACGUGCAGCCUCUCAUACGGUCACAGGACGUGAAGGAGGAUCCCCGAGUCUCGCAUCCCAGCAGCCCGGAGGAUGCCCGCAUCCGCGUGAAGCGCUACCGCCAGAGCAUGAACGGCUUCCCCCACUUGCAGGCCAUGCGCCUGGGCUGCAGGUUCGGGACCUGCACGAUCCAGCAGCUGGCCCACCAGAUCUACCAGCUGACAGACAAGGACAAGGACGGCGCCGCCCCUGUGAACAAGAUCAGCCCCCUGGGAUACGGCCGCAGGCGGCGCUCGGUGCCAGCCCCUAGCCGGACGCAGUCUCCCUGGCUCGCCCUGCUCUCCAGCCGCCGGGACAGCACGAGCGCCGCAGCCCCAGGCCAGCCUGGCCGGCUGCAGGCGCAGCUCCGCGCCCCCUCUCUCAAGACUUAAGAGCUGCAGCCAAGCACCGAGCUGGCGCCACCUCGGAUGGUGGCUUUCCCCGGUGCUUCAGCAUCAGGGAGCCUGUGGGGCAAGACAGCCUCAGAGACAGAGCAGGGCGCGCACCAGCAUGGCCUGGGACUGAACACACAGAGUUGGGGUUACAGCAGCUGCCGGAUCCCGGAGGCGCUCGGCACCAGCCGGGCCCGGCCAGCCAGCGGCGCAGCGCCCCUAGGAAGGGUCUGGAGCGCGCAGGGCAGAGCUCACAGCUGGCUCUCUUCUUUCUGGUGCCACAUCACACGGGGCUGCAAAGUGAAGUCGUGUGAACUCUGGAUCUCGGACAUACGGGGACUUAUUCUCCCUGCCUGCCCUGGCGACUGGGCUGGGGGAAGCACCCUCUGCAUUGUCUGCACCCGGCAGGGAAUCGGACACUCACUAGUCCCUGCGGGGACUGCCUUAAUACUUGAAUGUAAUAAAGAGAGGAAAAGUGCAAUUGUACGUGGUUUAAUUAAAAGUGCUGUGUGUGUAUAAUAAGAUAAAUAUCAAUAUUUAAGAUGUUACUGUUUCCCGUCCUUUUUGCAUCUGAAAAGAGUUAUUUUUAUACGUUAUCUAUUUUUGCAUAAGGGCAUUUUAAAAAGCAUUGUAUUCCCCCUAUUUUUCAUAGCGUGAAUGUAAAAUCUUGGUGUUUAACUUUCUCUGAGUCUUUUAUCUUGCAUUCUGGACUGGUGACAAAUGCAGAGAAUGUAUCCGCUAUUCUCCAUGGGUAACGUGUGAAAUAAA